AUGGCGGCAUCAAGAGUGCAGGAUUUCACAAGAAUGAAUUUUCCAGAAUUCUAUGGUUCAAAGGUUAAGGAAGUUCCUCAAGAGUUCAUUGAUGAGGUUUACAAGGUGUUGACUAUUAUAGUGGUGACUCUGGUAGAAAAGGCGGAAUUGGCCGCUGGUCAACUCAAAGAUGUGGCACAAAUUUGGUUCAACCAAUGGAAGGAAGCAAGACCGAUAGAUGCGGGUCCCCUAGGAAUGGGAGAGGUGUCUAACCCUAAGCUUCAAGGAGGUGGUAAUGGGUCUUCUUUGCCUAAUUGUGCUAAGUGUGGGAGAAAGCAUGAGCGCAAAUGUGUAGCAGUUUCCAAUGCCUGUUUUGGUUGUGGUAAGACGGAUCACAAGAUAAGGGAUUGUUCUUCGAUUGAUAAGAAUGAGGGAGAUAAUCAUCGUAGGGCUCAACCAUAUCUUUCUUUCAGUCCAAGUUGUUCGGGAUCGAAUGCUCCUAAGAAAAAUAGGUUUUAUGCUUUUCAGACUCGAGUUGAACAAGAGGGUUCUUUCGAUGUGGUUACCGAUCCUUUUUCUGUCUCUACUCCUGUUGGUGAUUCUGUGUUGGCGGACAGAGUUUAUAGAAAGUGUCCCAUCUCCUUAUCUCAUAGAGUUACUCUUGUUGACUUGAUAGAGCUUCAUAUGCUAGAUUUUGAUGUCAUCCUUGGGAUGGAUUGGUUACACUCUUGCUAUGCUUCUAUUAAUUGUAGAAACCGAGUAGUCAAGUUUCAGUUCCCGAAUGAGCUUGUCCUAGAGUGGAAGAGGGGAAACCUAUGCCAAAAGGUCGGUUUAUUUCUUAUUUUAAAGCCAGAAAGAUGA